GAUUCGUUAAGAUACAGACCGACAGGUGGCGGUAAUGCAGCAAUCUGGUUCUCCAAACCCGCAUUUACACUAAACGAAGAAAACGCAUCGGCCGUCGGAUGCGGGAAACGCGAGCGUGUUAUUGAGGACUCGAUUAGACCUGAGAGAAUGGAGAUGAAGAACCCAGUGAACGUGUUGCGCUUGCCCAGAGGUCCAGACCUUCACGGCCGUGGUUUUGACCCCAGCUCACCUCGGUACAUUGCCUUGUGUCUGUCGUCCAUCUCAGCUUCCACAGCAAGCUGCACCAACCUCGAGAACAUGGAGGAAGAGCAGAGAAUCCGCUCGGACCUGCGAGAACGGUUCCUCAGGACUCUUAUAGCCAUGACUGAUAAACAGGUUCACUUCAGAAUGUACGAAAAAGUUCAAGUGCAGGCAAAAUUUGGCUCCUCAGACAUCGACAUCCUGAACUUUCAGGUUUCUGACCUGCAGACGCCGCUGGGGGUUCAGAAAGAGGCGUUACUCAGGUGUCAGGACGUCAUCUCCUUCUCCUUUAACCUGUGAGAUGGGAAUGAUAGAGUUCUAUUAAAGUAAACGGUUUUGUUUA